GAGUCACCGGCCGUUCGGGAGGAGCACCUGCCCGCGCGCUGCGGGGUUGAGCCGUCGGGGUACGUCCCCCGGUACCCGGGCGCUGGCCCCUGCGUCUCCGGCCUGAUACGCGCUGCGGGGUCCCAGAGCUUCCGUAGGCCAGAGAGGGCUUCCGGAGGCGGAGGGUCGCUCCCGCGUGUCGGUGGCGCCUCCCGGACGCAGGGGGCACCCUGAGCGCCGCCGCUGACCCUCCGGAGGUUGCUAGGCUGCCAUUUGGUGCAAGGGGCUGAUUGGUGGGGUCCGGACAAGGAGAGUGUCAGGUGUCGCCGCGAUUGAGUCGUGGAGGGCGGACCCCGCGAGGCUCUCAACGCCGAUUGGUCCCCGACGCACCGGAAAUGCCUCCGCACCGGACAGAAAGGACAGCACUCAAACUCCGGGGGCAACGCUCAUUGGGCAGGAGCUAGAGGCGUGUCUCAGCCUACUCGGUGGUUGGGCGCGGGCCCAGCAGAGGCGGCACCUGAACGGUGACUGGGCGCCGGGACGCAGCUCUCGCGGGGAUUGGACGCGGGGACGCGGCGGAGGCGGCGGCGGCGCGCAAUCUGAGGAAGGCGGGUGGAGGCUGCAUGGGGCGGCGGCGGCGGCGUCGCCGGGUGGACCCGGCGGACGCGGCCCGGGCCCUGCCCGAGGCCAUCGCCGCGUUGAGUCAGACGCUGCCCGCCGGACCCAGCCCCGAGACCUUCCGCCGCGCCAAGUUCGACCGUCCGGAGGCGGCCCCCGCGUUCUGGCGGCUGCUCUUCUGCGUGCUCUCGCCGCAGCUGCCCGACGGCGCCUCGGCCUCAUUCUCCCCGGAGGCCCAGGUCUGCUCUGUGAAGUUGGCGCUGCGCACCCAGGGCUACCCUAGGCGGGCCCUGGCACAGCUCCCGGACGACGGCUCCCAGGGCGGCCGCGAGCUGCUGCUGGCCCUGGCCUGGCUCCUGGCCCGCGAGCCCCUGCCCGAGCGGCUGCUGGCCCAGAACCGCGUGCAGCUGGGCGACGAGAUGCACGUGUGCGAGUGCGAGGCCCUGGCCAGCCCUGGCCCUCCUGCCCCCAGUGUGGAAGCAGACGGCUGUGUGGACAUCCGCCACCUGCAGUGGCUGAUGGGAAAGCUGCGGUUCCGGUGGCGAAACCUGAUGGCCAGUCAGCAGGAGCAGUGCGCCCUCCUGGGCAAGCUGCUGCGGAGGCUGCAGAGGGAGAACGCACGGCUGCAGGCGGCCCUCGAGUGGCGGCGCCGGGAGCUGGUCUUCUGGCAGUGGAUGGACACGGUCCUGGACGCCUGCCCCCCUGAGGCCUCACAGCCCACGUUUCUGCCCAGGAUCCCCACGCCAGGGGCUGGAGCGUUGGAGCCCCUGGUGCGGGAGCUGCAGGCCCUGCAGGGAGAGCUGCGAGAGGCCGUGGAGGCCCGGCGGGCGGCCUGGGAGGCCGGGGUUGGAGGCCGUGGGCCCGAGUGGAGCGCCGCGAGGACGGCCUUGCGGGAGGCCGUGGGGCAGGACCUGGCAGCUCUGCGGCGGGCCUGCGAGCGAGGCGGCAGCCUGGCCCAGCCCCACGGGCCCCGCCGGCUGGUGAGGACUGAGGCUGGGGCGCCCGGGGGCCCAGGCCUGCGGGCCCCUGAGGUGAUUGAGGCGCUGAGGAGCCGGGAGGCCCGCCUGGAGGCGGUGCUGCGCCGGCUCCAGGGCCAGUGUCGGCAGGAGCUGGCCAGGCUGGUGGGAGCCCUGCCCGGCCUCGUCUGGAUCCUGCCACCGGGACGCUGACGCUCCCUUCUCCAGGGGGCACCCCCCCCCCCCCUCAGCCUGGCUGGGCCUUGGAGGGGCAGAUUCCAGGCCGGGUAGCUGCAGGGGUGACACAGACACAGCCCCGGUGGUACAGGCACGCUGGGCCCCGGGCCCCGGGUCCCCACUUGGGGCAGUACCCAGCCCCGCGGCCUGCAGUGCUGGGGGCAGGCCCAUUGUGGUGGCCGUGGGCAUUCAGGAUCUGGAGAAGACCCGGAAAUAAAUUGUGGAGGCCUUCUUGCAGGGCUGAGGCUCCAGCUGUCCCUCCGCCACGCGUCCAGGUCUCUGUCUGGUGAGGCGGUGCUCCCCUCAGGCCCAGGGUGAGGGGUCCCUGGGCAGUGGUGGCUGAGACUGGGCUGGUCCAGGGCUGCCCAGGUGCUGGACGGACAGGCCUGGCCUGCAGCACAGGGUGGGCGUCAGGGCCCCGGGGGAUGCAGUGUCCUGGAUGCGCCCUUGGAGCCCUCGUCCUGGGCUCCCUUUGUGCACCCACCUGGGCCACGCCUGUGCCUGGUGUGCGUGUGGAUGUGUGUGCGUGUCUGUGUUGGGCAGGGACGCCUGAUGGGGACCUUGGGUAGGGGGGACUCUGCUCCGUUCCCGGGGGUGGUGCCCGCGGAGGGAGGGGGAGGCCACUGUGGACAGAGCGGGCUUUGUUCCCGAGACUGCUCCGGGAGCUGGGCUCCGCCCUGACAAAGAGCCAUCUGUGUCCGGAGGAUGUGCCCCCAGCCUGCCAGAGCAGGCCCCUCUCCUUCCCAGGAGGCUUGGCUUCUUGGCACCUGCCCCGUCCCCCUCCCGCCAGCGGACAUGGCCUCAGCCCGGCCUCCCUUGCCGGGCUCCCCUCUCCCCCAGGGUGCUCCACCCUGACCUGCUGCCGGCCAGCUUAGGCCCCAGGGCCCAGCCACAACGCCUUCUCAUUGGCCUUUGCUGUCCGCUUGGGGAAUGCUGGCUCACGCCCAGGGGCACCGGCUCCUCUGGGCCAUUCUGGACCUCCUUUGUCUCAGGUUGGGGCACACCUGUGGCGCCUCUGCACUGGCCUCGGGAGCACUGACCAGACCGGGGGGCGAGCCAGCUCCCCCUUCAGGAGUGCCCCCCUGACCCUCUCCUCACAGGCUGGCCCUAGAGAGCCUCUGGCCCGAGCCCCUCCCUCCAAGGCCUGGCCCCCUUCUCCUAGCCCGUCUAUGGGCUCCCUGCUUGCUCCAGUCGGGUCCAGGGCACACGGGACUGAGGCCCGCGCCUGCGGCCCUCGCGUGUUUAAAGGCACUUCUGGACCCCCUGCUGCCGUCCUCCUGACUGCCCCACGGGGCAAGUCCCCUGAAAACUCCCUGCCUUCUGUGGGCUCCCUGAAGCCGGGAUGGCCACUGGCCCUCAGGAACUUAAGUUUUAGAAACUCAAAUGUAAACUCUGCGUUACGGAGCUGUCACUUCUCAGACUGAUCUGUAGAUUCAGUACAAUUCAAUCAAAACCACAA